GCGCUUUUCAGUUUGCAGGAGGAGCUAGGAAGAGGCCGAGGUGUUGAUGUGAAGCUAUGAGCUCUUCUGUGAAUAUCUGAGUGUGUCUCUCUCACACACACACACACACACACACGCUGCAGGAUGCCGAUCCCUCCCCCACCUCCGCCCCCCACCUUCAGCCAGGCGAACACGACUCCGCCUAAAUUAUCUCAGGAUGAGGCAAAAGGUAGAGGAGCGUUACUCUCGGAUAUCUGUAAAGGGACCAAACUGAAGAAAGUGGGUGUGGUUAAUGACCGCAGCGCUCCCAUGAUCGAAAAGCCAAAAGGGGGCGGAGCUAGCAGUGGAAGCGGACCCAGUGCCGGCGGUGGAACUAGUGGUGGAGGCGUGUCCGCAGGAACUCAGCAGCCAAUAGGAGGAUUGUUUCAAGGUGGAGUGCCGAAGCUGCGACCUGUGGGAGAUGGUUCCGUGGGCAGAUCUUCACUCCAACCCCCUUCAUCUCGCCCCGCUGCGCCCCGCCCUCCUGGUUGCCCUGAUGACAGUGAGACCCCAGCCCACCAGCCAUCUCCCCCUCUCCCACCUCCUGCGAGUCGGCGUGGCAAUGCUCCACCCACUCCUACUCAGAAAUGUGCCACGCCUACUUAUAACCGUGACAAGCCCCUUCCUCCCACUCCGGCUCCGCUUGCUCCUCCAGUGAAACCGCCUCCUUCUCCAGCCAGCAGCCGCUCUUCUUCCUCAUCUUCGUCUUCUUUAGCACCGCCCCCUCCCCCACCCCCAUAUCGCCAACAGCUGUCCGUGUCUAAUGGAUCGUCCAGUCCGGUGAACGAACUUGCCCCUGAACUGCCGCAGAGGCACAACUCGUUAAGCAAGAAGCCCCCAGCAGGAGGCCACACCUCUACACGAGCUCAUGCCCCACCCCCUCCACCAUCAAGCCCCUGUCCCUCCCCAUCCACUGCCCGUCCUCCUCCUCCAGUACGUGACCCCCCUGGCCGUGGAGCAGCUCCUCCAGUACCUACACAGAUGCCACGGAACAGUCGUGAAGCUCCUCCCCCUCCACCAUAUCGGACACACUCUGAUGCCCCCAGUAGGGGUAAACCCCCGCCUCCCCCCUCACGCUCUCCUGCUGGCGCACCGCCCCCUCCACCCCCUACUCGCAAUGGCUACGCCCAUAACACUCACAGUUCCCGCUCCUUUGCAGAUGAUUUUGAAUCAAAGUAUUCUUUCCACCCACUGGACGAUUUUCCACCCCCAGAUGAGUACAGACACUUCACUAAGAUUUACCCCAGUAAAGCCACCAGAGUAAUGAGAGGAGCUCCUCCACUUCCUCCUGUUGGCCGGUGAACACUGUGAGCAGUGUGAGCAUGCACACACACACACACGCACGCGCGAGCUACACAAAUUCUGCACCUUAUUUACCAUGUCUCACUCUGGCUGAGCUACAUUCCACAUCAUGUGACUCCAUCUGUCCGUUUGAGAAUGACCCAAAUCCAAGUGAUUCUCUUCUUCGCCCACAGAGGACAUGUUUUCAUGGAGAGGUGACGUACAUGAUAAACUGUGAGGGUGCCAUGCUUUCAUCAGCUCUCCAGAGUAGCACAAUUGAUUACAUUUGGAACACGGGCUGUAUAUACAUAAAAUCAGGGUUUCUGAUAGUCGCUACAAACUACUAGCACAGAUCCUGCUGGACACAGUGUCUGCACGCUCCAAUGUAAUACACAUAAUAUUUUAUAUAUAUAUAUAUAUAUAUAUAUAUAUAUAUAUAUAUAUAUAUAUAUAUAUAUAUACACACACACACACAUCAGUGUUUUCCCCAGAAAAAAAAUUAAAGCCCUAAAUUCUGGCAUGAUAAAACACAGACAAUUAAGUGCCAACGGCGCGAAGCGAAACUAAGGGGGUCCGGGGGAAAAUUUUUAGAAAAUCGAUGCUCUCGGGUGCAUUUUCAGGGUCUCUGAGAGGUUUUAGAUCCAGGAUGAUUAUAGGAUAGAUUUUAACAUUGCUUCAAUGAUUUCUGACCUAAAUAGUAUUAAUAUAGACACGUUUGAAAUUUCACCUUAAAGUUCAACAUGCAAGUUAAACUGUUCUGUUAUAGAUUACUGAGGUCUAUGAUGGAUUGAAAAUCUACGGGGAUCCCUUAAUUAUCUCUGAUCAAGUGGUGUUGUAACAAAUGUGCAUGAAAAUAUGAACAGUGGUUUGCUCCAUCUUAUGCAAUCCAAUGAAGAGAAUCGAUCAUCACAACCUCCUGUUGAUCACAAAGGGAUCUGAACCUAAGACCUGCCACCUUAAAAUAAGUUGCUGUAUAUAUUAUAAAGUUUAAAUUUUGGCACUUUAUUAAAUGGACUAGAUUAAGAUUAAAACAUAUUUAAAGGAAAGGAAAACUUAAUUCAUACAUUUAAGUUUGCAGAAAGAUUAUGUAUUUAUAAACACAUUCAUGAAGAGAUUGUGUUAAUAAGUGUCAAAUGUAGCAUAAUUGUGAAUAAUAACGAUAAGCGUAUUCGGCAGUGUGAUGUCACUGUGAGCCUUUAACGAAAGAAUAAUCCGGAACCUUCUUUUGUUAAAUGGAUCCCAGUGACGUCACACUGCCAAAAAUGCUUAUGAUUAUUAUUUGAAAUGAUGCUGUAUUUGACACAUUUGGACAACUUCACUUUGUGAGAGUGUUUAUAAGUACAUAAUCUUUCUGCAAACCCAAACUAAUGGAUUAAGUUUUUUACUCCUUUAAAGCAGAUUAAUUCUCCUUGGCUUUUGCUUGGCCCAAUGUUGGGCAGCCCUCUCAUAGUCCAUCUCGCCGUCAUCCAUGCUGAUGUGGAUCAAAUUGUCCAGCGAGUCUUCUUCUAGCUUAUUAAAGUCAGUCGGCUUUGUCCGUCUGGUGGGGGACGACAUCGGCAGCCAAUGAGAUUGCUUAUAAUGAAUCGGAAACUUCCGGGAUGUCUGACGUUUUCUUUUGAUAUUUUUAUUGGACGGUUUGAACAUGUGAUCUUGACGUAGCCAACAGAUGACAGUUUGUUUACAUCAUACCACGCGGACAUAUUACUUUGACAGAAUCAACACAAACAUUGGAAAAAAGGCCGCUUGUUUAACACAAAUAUCAAUCAGUAUGUAAAUGGAUCUGUUAUUUGCUCUCCUAGGUAUCUAGUUACUUGUGGGUAGGAAAUUUAACAUAUCGGUAUAAAUCUAAGCGUAUCGGGUUUUAACUAAAGCAACUAAGCGUAUCGGCAGGCAGAGCAAGUGUAUCGGGCCCGACAUGCUAAAACACUGGGGAAACCCGUGUGUGUGUGUGUGUGUGUCUAUGUAUAUAUAUGUAUAUGUAAUAGAAAUAUAUAUACAAGUUAAAGUUAAAUCCCAGUAAAAAUUCCCAACAAAUUACACUAAAGGUUUCAUGUUUAAUACAUCCUGUGAAUUUCAAAAGUAAAUAAUCAGUUGGCCUGUUCUGAAGAAAAUCAAGUUGUAGUUCCAGGUGUGAUCACUUGAUGUCAGUAUUACAGUAUUAAUCUCUUUCCCCCCUUCACUGUGUUAAUGGGGUGACUGAGGUCAUUAAGGUUAAAUGAUGUUAAUUUAAUUAAAGUUACAGGUUCAGGGGUCAGCUUUAGAUUUAAAAAAAAAAAAAGUCACUCCUGACAGAAGGUCAUGCAUCAACUCUCCUGCAUCUAAUAAUCACUGCGCUUAUCAACAUGAGCUGUGUUUCAAAUCAUGUGUGUCAUGCACUCGUGUGUUCACUCAGUGUGAUGUAGUGCACUAUUAACACCACCGUCACAUUCUGUAACCACUGAGAAGGUAACUUUGGAUCACUACACAUUGUCUUUCACCCUUCCGUCACAGAAGGGAACUACUUGAUGUUUGGAGACACCAGAGGGGCAAGGUCAUAGGAAGAACCUGUGGUUUUAUAAAAUGGUAGAUGAGAACACUGCUACAGCACAGAUGCAGAAAAGAAAUGUUAAUGGCAAUAAUGUUGGGUGGUAAAAGUUUUUUUCUUCCAUUCUUGUAUCAGUUUUGAUCCAGUUCUGUUUGGGUUCCAUCCUUUAAUUGAUCUGUUCUGGUUAUAUUCUAGAUCCUCUAUUAAUCUGGUUCUGUAUCUGAUCCAGUUCUGUUCUGGCUCUACAGUCACCUGUGAGAGUGUAGUGCACAGCGCUCCGUUUGAGACACAGCCCUGCACUUGUGUUCACUGGGGGUGUCAUUACUUUUGCGCAUUUGUUCAGUGGUCAGCCAGUGUGAGUGCUGAAGUUUGGAUUAAUAAUGAAUAAAUUUUUUUACUUUAAUGACGGAGUGCCAAGCAGAACUGGAGGUUCUGUUUCAGUGUGGUGUUUAUGACCUCAGCACCAGAGUCUCAAAGAAAGAUUAGGGUUUUUUUUUUUAAAGACAUUAUAAUGCAUUUUCCUGUCAGUCUGCACUCAGAGUGAUGUCACACUGCAUUCAGACCUGUAUAACACUAAAUUAAUCAAUCAGAAAUGGAACUGAAGUAAUCGGUUUAAUCCUUUAUUGAUGUACUGACUCUCAUCUACAUUAUAAUACCUCACAAAUGACUGAACAUGGUUUUAUUUCAUUUCUUUUCAGUUAAGGUGCUUUAUUAACAUAAUUUUUUUGUUUAUGGACGACAAGUUUUUGAUGAUUGAUUGUAGAGGGUUUAUCUUUUAUUUUAUUUUUUAAGCUUUUGUAUUCCAGCUUGUGUUCAUCCUCCAUGUGUUAUGCCUAUGGAGAAGAAGUGAUUAAGCUUUUUUUUUUUAUUAUUAAACGUUUUGACACCUGCUGAGAGAACCCACAGUUCCCCGUAGAACCGACUCGCUGUGUUAGAACCCUGUAUUAAAGGCAUGUGAUGUGUGUGGGACUGACUCGGACCAGCGCUGGGAUUUUCUGCAUGGUGAAGCUGCUGUGUGCUUUGCACUGUUAAUCUAAAGUAUGACAUCACUUCCUGUCUAAAGGAAUUGUAAAUUAAACAGUUAAAAGGUAGUAAUUUAUUCAUCGUGAAAAUGUUGAGGAUUUCAUAAAUCUGCAAUACAAAUUUUGCGUUACUCUUUUUUUUUGGAGACGUUACACAUCCUUGUUCACAUUUUAUGCCUCAAUGCAUUUACACACCUGUUACACUUUAUCUACCUGGCCCCACCCCUUUAGUUCUCUGGCGAUGUCCAGAUGGCUCUCAGAUCCCUGGGCACCAUCUGCCUGUCCUUCCCCUUCUGUUCUGUAGAUCUGUCACUUGGCUCCACCUUCUCAGCUGUCUCACCAUCACCUUGUCCUGCCCUCUUGAGUUGUCUGGAGAUGUUCUUCUGGUGCUUAACUUUACCCCCCUCACUUCUCUUGAACUCUUCUCCUGGCUCUACCCCCUCAUUUUUUUGGAGCCAGCCUCCAAGUUCUGACUAACAGUUCAGUUCUCUUUACCUUCAGCUCUGUGCAUUUUAAUAGUGUAAGAAUCAUCUGUUUAUCUGAAGCAGGUUACACGCACAUCUGGUUGUGCUGCAUUAUCAGAUUUUUACAUUUUAAAUGAUUUUUUUUGUUUCCCACUGCUGUUUAUGUAGUGACAUGAUCAUAUUAUAUGCAUUUCCAGUCAUGAGUUUGUCAGUACUUAAUGGAGAGGAAAUAGACAUUGGAAUAGGCAUUAACAUACUUUAAAGUUGUAAAAUUGUUCCAGAAAAUGUGAAUAAACAGAGCCUCUGCAUAAUCAUCUGUAUGUGCUAGUAAAGAAAUAUUCUGAAUAA